GUGGGGUGGUCACAUGUAUUACAAGAAAGAGAGAUUUGGUCAAAGACAGUACACUAUGAAGAUGAGCUAAAAAUGAUUCUCCAAUUCAAAUCCCCGAUUACACUUGUUGACGAUGUCAUGGCGACGUUGGCAAGCAAAACUCAUGCGUAGAAGCAAGUCAUCGGGUCUAAUGGUCAUCUUGCGCCGAACUGCGCAUGUGCUGGCAGUGUUCUGUUUAGUCUAUUUCACAACCGUUCCUGGAAAUCUUGCGAUGCUGCGCCUCUGGGUUUAGAAACUCUGUGAUUUAGUCUAUAAAACAGGUUGUCAGACACCAGUCUACAUCUGGGUAGAGAAACAUCCCAUACAUUCUGAAAUAUGUGCUGUACUUGGCGUCUACUCUGAACAUCUACUUGUGAUUUCUGUCUGGUUGACAGCCAUCGGCAAACUUCGAUGACUUAAGAACACUGAGUCAUGUCUGACUCGGAGACCAUCGAGCUAGCCGCUCUGGGCCGACCCUUCCAGCUGGGGAUGCUGUAUGACUGUCGUAGAGAUGUCCUCAUUCCAGGUAUCACUCUCUGGGAUUCUGAGAUGCUUCAGAAACACAUCAAUGUCCGUUCACAACCGAACACCGACUUCAAAAUCAUUGCUUCAGACUCAAUCAGUGUGAAGGGUUCUGCUGAAUUCCUACAUGACAAAAAGACCUCAAAGCUUCAUUCUAGGGUUUCUCUGCAGUACCGUACCACCACUUGUUUUGAGCAGUUGACCAUGGACCACCUGGGGGCAGGAAAUGUGAAAUACUCUAAUGUCUUACAAGAGGGCUCUGCAACCCAUGUGGUGACUGGCCUGCUCUACGGAGCGCAGGCAUUCUUCGUUUUUGACCAAGAGGUUUCCUCAGGAGCACCAGGACAUCCAUGGAAACCUGCAGGCUACAAUAAAAAAGAUCCCUCUCAUGUCAAUAGAAGGGCAGGGAUGAGUGAGGAAGAGCAGAGAGAGACCAAUAAAUUCAACUGCACCUUCCAUGGUGAUUUGGCACUAGAAUACAACCCUGUCACAUUUGAAGAUGCCAUCAAGGUGUAUGCUGGCCUGCCACGUCUUCUAGGGGAUAACGGAGAACAUGCCGUGCCCAUGACCGUCUGGCUCUAUCCUCUCAAGAACCUGGACUCUGCAGCUGCCCAGCUAGUCAGGCAGAUCAGUGUUAGCCAGGUGCGUCGUGCACAGAGAAUCUUGGACGGAUUGGACAAUACUGAUGUACAAUGCCAGGACAUGAUGGAGGACAUGGCUAUCAAGUUCCCUGAACUCAAAGCCAAGCUCAACAAGUUCAGGGACUUGUGCUCAGAGUACAAUCUGGUGUUCCAGAAAGGUCUCUGCAAGGUUCUUCCCAACAUAAGAGGAGGAGGAAGAGCUGAUAACAAUGCUCAACAGCAAAGAACGAUCUCCAUUCCAGAAUGA